AUGCUCUGCGCGGCGCGGACGUGGGUGCGCGCGACGAUGCGAACCGCGCCGCGGCUGUCCUCCAGGGUGCCCGGCGGCAACGCGACGUCGUCGCUGACGCGCGGCGGCGACCGCGCGAGCGCGCACGUCGCGUCGCUCCGAAGACGCGUCGCGCCGAUGUGCGCGUCGUCCGCCGCGCCCGGCGCGUCGUCGACGUCGCCGCCCGCCGCGGGGGCGGGACCGUAUCCGCCCCUUCGCGUGACCGCGAAAGGCCGCGUCGUCGCGCUGGGCGACGUGCACGGGGACAUCGGUCAGGCGCGCAGAGCGCUGACGAUCGCGGGCGUGUUGGGCGAAGACGGCGACGCGGUGAACCCGACGUGGAUCGGCGGCGACACCGUCGUCGUGCAGGUGGGGGACGUGCUCGAUCGCGGCGACGACGAGAUCGCGAUCUUGAUAUUGCUGCAGAAGCUUCACAAAGCCGCGCAGGCGGACGGCGGCGCGGUGUACAUCCUCAACGGCAAUCACGAGGUCUUGAACGUCUCCGGGGACUUCCGGUACGUCACGCAGGGCGCGUUCCAGGAGUCCACGCGCUUCGGCGAGCACCUCGUCAACCUGUUCGGCGACGCGUUUCGAGACGCGUUCGGCGGGAACGAGGAAGAUCCGCGGAAGAAGCAGGUCAAGGCGAGGGUCGGUCUGUUCUCUCCGGGCGGCCCGCUCGCGCAGCAGCUCGCGAUGAACAGCACGGUGCUGAUCGUGAACGACACGGUCUUCGCGCACGGCGGCCUGAUGCCGCGCCACGUGGAGUUUGGGCUAGAGAAGCUCAACAACGCCGUCGCGGACUGGAUGCGCGGCGCGGAGAUCUCCUCGGAGGAGGACAGAACCGCGCUGGGGAUGGCCAUCGGGAGCGUGAAGGACAGCGUCGUGUGGAACCGGACGUUCGGGCAGGAAAACUUCAUGUCGCAGGGCGACCGCGACCGUGCGUGCGAGACGCUCGGGAAGACGCUCGACGCGAUCGACGGCGCGAAGCGUCUGGUCGUCGGACACACGCCGCAGCUCGGCGGGUGCAACGCGGAGUGCGACGGACGGAUAUGGAGAAUCGACGUCGGGAUGUCGUUCGGCGUGGUCGGCGCGGACCCGGAGGUGAUCGAGAUUGUUGGGGACGAGGUGAGGGUGUUGACGUCCAGGGUGCCCGCGGGCGCGGGGUCGGCGGGCGCGGUGAGCAAGUUGUGAUCAAGUUGCGACGCGACGCGACGCGACGCGGCUGGGUCGGGCGGGUGGGAUUAAAUGUUUGCAACUCGACGACGCCGCCGUCGUCGUUCACUAAUAC